AUGAAGUUCCAUAAAAUGUUGAAUUCUCUCAACUUAUUUUCCGGUUCCAUGUCUUUCAUUUUUAACGGAAUUUUAUCUUAUUUAAUUUUAACAAAAUCUCCGAAAGAAUUUGGAGUUUACAAGUAUUUGAUGAUUUUUAUAUCAGUCUUUGAGAUCUUCUACUCAAUUUUGGAAGUCGUAUUGGUGCCUAUUCACUACUCAAUCCGAACUACAUCAGUAGUAAUGGUUUCUGUGAAUGACAAGAUACUUCCUCGAUUUGCACUACGAAUUUUAAACUCAAUUUACUGGGCAAUUUACUUUUAUGGAUCUUCUCUGACAAUUUUUGCACUUCAAUUCAUCUAUAGAUACUUGGCCAUAAGCCUGAAUAGUUUGAUAAAAUCGUUCAGUUCUUGGAAAUUAAUGUUUUGGAUAAUUAUACCUUUUGUGAAUGGUAUUGUCUGGGCUAUGCUAGGAUUGUGUUUAUCAAGUCCAAACACUGAAGUUUCUGAGUUACUGCGACCUUAUAUACUGAAAGAUUUUAAUGAAAAUAUCGAUAAUUUUGACUACUUGGGUGGAAUCAUUUAUCAAAAGUUGCAAAAUUGAACUAUUAAACCUUAUUUCAAAACCUUGUCAUCAGUUUCAUUUAUGUCUUUUGUCAUAAGCCUAUCGUUUUCAAUAAUAUUAUUUUGUGGAUUUAAAUGUUAUUUCUUAAUAUCGAAUAUGAACAAAACGACUACAACAUCAGCUCGAUCUCAUAAAAUUCAAUCUCAAUUAUUCUAUGCUCUCGUGUGUCAAACCCUCAUUCCUGUACUUCUUCUGCAUUUUCCACUUACCGUAAUGCUUGUUUUUCUAAUUGCGGAUCAUGGACUAGGUACAUACAGUACCAUAGUCUCUGUAACUAUAUCAUUAUACCCUGCAAUAGAUCCUCUGCCAAACUUUUUCAUUAUCGGUCCUUACCGGAAAGCGGCAUUCAGAUGUUUCAAGAAGAGAGGUCAAAUAACAAGUAGUGUUCAGCAAGUUCCUCCAAAUUCAAAAAUCGCAGUCUCGCCCACUGUUAAUCCUAUUCUUUAA